CUUCUCUUCUGCCUUUUGUUGAUAGGCCUCUCUGAGUGGUGUACUAGAAGAUUGCUGUUAGUUACAUAUUGUGAUGGGAAGCUUGCCCAGUAAGAGAAAACAGAUUGCUACCCAGACAAACCCACAACUGAACACAUGGCACAGCCAGAGCUAUAGCGUAAGCCUGCCAGUUGCCAGCUCCCCUGUAGUUGUUGCAGUUGGUGAUUUUCCUUCUGGAGACACAGAGCCAAUACUAAGGAUGGGGGAACAGCUGAGUUUGCUAUCUGAAGAAGGUGAAUGGUGGCAAGUCAAAUCAAUAGCAACUGGCAAAGAAUGCUGUGUACCUAGCAAAAACAUAGCUAAAAUUUCACACAGGUGGCUCUAUGACGGCAUUGAUCGAGCAAAAGCUGAGGAGCUGUUGCUGCUGCCUGCCAACCAGGAAGGCUCUUUCCUCAUAAGAAAGAGACAAGUGGGGAAAGGUUGCUACUCCUUAUCAAUCAGAUACACAAAUCGUGCAUCCUGGAAUUGUAUAAAACACUAUCGCAUUAACUGUUUGGAGAACAGCUGGCUUUAUAUCUCCCCCAGCCUUACCUUCUCAAGCUUGCAUGAACUGGUGGACUAUUAUUCUGAAAGUAGUGAUGGCUUAUGUUGCUGUUUGAAGAAACCGUGCUUCAUCCAAGGAACUAGUUCCAGCUUGUUUCAUCAUCUUUCCAAACCUGUGGAAGUGAAAAAAUCUGCUUUCAACUGGCAGGAGAUCAACAGCUCAGACUUGUCGUCAAAGGAUCCACUAACAGAAGACUCACCCAUCAGUCUUGGCUUGCGAGAAGCAGUUAGUACUUACCUGUUUAUGACUGAAGACCUGCCAUUAGGGGACACACCUAACAGGAAAGGAAGGCAAUCCAAAGACUUAUAAAGCUAAUAUUGGAAAUAUUUCUGAAAUAUGAAGCUUGAACACAAGAUCUGUUGAAUUUGCAGUAGUUUUUAUGUUGAUUCAAGGUGGCUGUCCUUAAAUCAGUGUUAUCAUGGUACACUUUUCAUCUUUUUUCCAACCAUGUGGGCUCAUUCAAAUAUUGUGUCUGUAUAUUGUACAUUUAUGUAUUUUGCUUACAGGCUUUACACUUGGUAACUCAUAAUUGACUAGUACUGCAAAAGCUGAGGUAUUCACAAUAAACCAAAUAAUUGUUUCACCAG